AUCGUUUCCAAACCAGCUGGAUGAGCACGAUACUGCCAGCGAUUCAUCGGGGGGGUGCUCCUCCUUCCAAGGGCGACAAGACGCAACUCCACCACAAUGGCGAAGCUGAACGGACGCUUGCCGACGAGUACUUCGAUCGGAUUUGUGCGCUCGAGAACGAGAACGAGCGCUUCCGAGGGGAAAUGCGCCACGUACGAUCCCUGCUUUCCAACAACAUGCAUGCGCGAGAAAAUGAGACAACGUCGACGCUGGCGUCACUUCGCCAAGAACUAGACAAAGUGCAGUUGGCCUUGGCAGCCAAAGUGCAAUCGGACGCCGCCUUUUACGACACGGAAAAGCAAAAGGCAGCUUUAUUGUUUGGCGAGGUUGUGCGGUUGGGCAAGCAAGUUGAGUCGGUCGAACUGCACAUGCAACAGCAACACACUGCGCUGGACCAGCGGCUACAGCAAGUAGCCCAAGCUAAGUCGGCGGACCAGUCGAUGUCUCAACAGCAACAGCAUUCGCACGAGGUUCUGGUUCGGGACCACAGCCAAUCAAUUGAAGAGUUGCGGUCGGUCGUGGCGUCGAUGCGAAGUACGAUCUUGCAGGUCAAGACGGACAUGGAAGCCGACAAAAAUGAACGGUGGAAGAUGGACUUGGACAAAGUUCAAACUGCCGUGCACGGCAAAGCCGACAUGGCGGCGUGGACCGAAGUCGAGAUGCGGCUGCAGAGCCAGCUGGAGCGCCUGAGCAACCGCGUAGCGAUGGACAAGUCCGAGCUGCUGCGGGUCGUGGAAGAGCAGCGGGAUGCGGGCAUGUCAAUUGAAUCCAAGCGCAUGGCGCAUAUGGUGCAAGACACCAAGCGGGUAGCCGACCACCUCGUGGGGCUAGAGCAGCUGAUUCACGGCGAAACCAAAGCCCUCGGGCAACUGGUGCAGAGUGUUUCGGCCGACUGGGACCACAAAUUCCGAACGCUAGCGGACGAAGUGGCUCGCGAAGUGUCGACGCGCAGCGCUGCAUACCAGCAACUCGACGACGACAUGCGCAGUCAAUGGGCUGACCUCCACGACGCUACACGAGAUGUGACAGUGCAUGUGCAAAGUCGGCUGAAAGACGUCGAAGAGAUCAUGCCGCUGGAGAUCAAAGCGAGGCAAAAGCGCGACGACAAACUCAAGAAACGCAUCGACGGACUAGCCAAGUCGCUCACGCAUGUGCUAGACAGUCUGCGGACAGACGUCGAGUGUGGACGGAACGCCACGACACUGCGGAUGAACGGGAUCGUAGCGGCGCAGAAGGAAAUGGCAGACAACAUGACCAAGGUAACGACGUCAGUGACCAACCAGCUGCAGACGGUGCAAGAAGACACUCGGGUGGCCCUGACAAAUGCGCUGGACAUGACAACCCAAGCAUUCACACAACGGUUGGCGGCGGACGUGGCGCACAGCGUGCAACAUUUGCAGAAAUCCAUCGACGAACGCCUUGAGCUGCUUCGCCAAGGGUGGACGAGUCUCGACAGCAGGACACAAGCCCAACUGGCUCAAGUUCACGCGCAUGUGGACAAGGGCGUGGCGGAAAUGCACGCGCGGCUGCUGGCCGUAUAUGGCGACGUGGAGAAGGGCCAAGUUGAAGCCAUGCAGCAGAGUCUCGUGCACCGCGAGUCAUUCCAAGCGCAGUUACUGGCGCUGGAAACGGCCGUUGCAGAUGUACGGGCGAGGGUGGCCAGUACCAUCCAGUCCUUGGACGCGACGUGGACCCAGACGUUCCACGGCAUACGCAUCGCGACGGCGGUGGAGCAGUGUGUCGCGGACAUCGUGGCGCAGGUGGUGGACGAGUCGGCCAAACAAACCCUCGAGUACAUGGCAUGGAGCACGCAGCAGGGCUUUGAAUGGCAGGCGAGCCAAGUGAGUGACGCCAUCUCCGCGGCCGGCUUUGACGCCAGGAUGCAGCACCAAAGCCUUGUGCGAGCGAGUUUGGACGAAGUUGCACAGAAACUGGCCACGAUCGACCGACGGUGUCACGACGCCAUCACGGGGCUACGCGACGACCACAGUCAGGUAGCUGGACGCGUGCAUCAAGUGCAAGACACGCUCGUGACCAUGGCAUGGAACAUUGAGGAGCGGUCCGUGGCCGACACGGUGGCGGACGUGCUCCGGUCGUGUGUGACGUCGGUGGCCAAUGCGGUCAAUGCACACGACGUUGUGGGGCAAGUUCAGGGCCUGGGCCAUCAAAUCCGACAAGUCGAGUUCAAAGUGCAACGGCUGCGCAAUGAACUGGAAGAAGUACGCCAGGAAUCGACGCAAAAGGACGAAUGUCACCGCCUUCGAGUGUCCAUAACAUCCAUCCACGAGCAAGUGAACGCCCUCGCUGCUGGAUUGGACACUAUGCAACGUAACGUCGCAGCAGGCGUGUCAAGCGACGACACGUCGUUCGCGCUGUAACCCCAUUGACAGAACUAGUGAACUCUACUAUUUAACAUUGUUACCGCAGCCUUGCCGAUUGCGUUCGCUUGAGUCCCAUCAAGGACGCCGACGUCGCGAUUGAUCCCUGAAGGGGGUCGGCAAUAGCUCGAGGCAAACCAGUUCCUGGAGUGCCGUCGGUGGGGGGGGUGAUAGCAACGUACCAUCCCCACUGUGGCGAUGCAUUGUGCAAGUCCUGUUUCGAGACGUUUCCAGCAUUAGGGUCAUCGUCCCACCCUGCCUCACGUGGAACGGGUGCCUUGAUGGCGAGGGUUUGCAACUCGUCGAGUAGAUCGUCCUCGUCGUCGUCGGUUGUGCGGUCUCCCUCGCCUUCGUGUUUAUGGUGGCUGCGGGAGUCUUUGGUCGACUCUUGGGGGCGUGAAUCGUCUGUCUUGACAUGCACGUCACACCAACUGACCACGCGCUCCCUCACAUUGAGUGUUCCCUUGGGCGUUUGGUGGUCAUACGAAGUCAUGGGCGUUGUUGCCCGGAAGUAAGUGACAAUGCUAAUCGCGGUAGCCCCCACGGCCGCGGCGGUGGCCACCACAGGAUGCUCCUUGAUCCACUUCACGCCCGAGAACAGUUCUUUGCCCGUGGGGAAGAAGCCAUAGCUCACAUCGGACAUGGGGCCAACUCGAUCAGUC